UUCCUAUUUUCAAUUUUUUUAACAUUCUCCAGCUUCAGCUUCUUUCCAAACCCCUCUCUCUCUCUCUCUCUCUCUCUCUCUCUCUCCUCUUUGAUCCAUAUGCAUAAUACAAUAUUGAUACGGCUCAGGUUUUACUGGAUAAUGGUUUGGUGAGGCUCACAAUAUUGAAGCCUCAUGGCUACUUAACUGGGAUCAAGUAUGGAGGACUGGACAAUCUUUUAGACCUCAAAUCAAGUCAAUCUAGUAGAGGAUAUUGGGACAUUAAUUGGAGCUUUCCAGGAGGCCAGGAGAGAUAUCAAAUACUGAGGGGCGCUGUGCACUCGGUCGUCGAAAUGAGCACAUUUUGAGAAGUGGUGUUUCAGGAUUCUACUGCUAUGCAAUAUAUGAGCAUCCUGCUGGAUCUCCUGCUUUUGACCUUUGCUCAGACAAGGAUGGUCUUUAAGUUGAGAAGAGAAAAGUUCCAUUACAUGGCUAUCUCUGAUGAGAAGCAAAGGAUAAUGCCAAUGCCAGAGGAUCUACUUCCAGGUAGAGGCAAACAGCUAAUUGUGCCUGAGUCAGUUCUGUUGGUUGAUGAUAAAUACCAGUAUUCAGUGGAUAAUAAAGAUGGAGGAAUUCAUGGAUGGAUAAGUUCUGGUCAUUGUUGGGUUCUGGAUAAUCUUUCCGAGUCACGAGUUUCGAAAUGGAGGACCUACGAAGCAAAACCUCACAGCCCAUACAGGACCAGAUUGUCUGGCUAUGUUUCAUGGAACUCACUACAUUGGGGAUGAAAUAUUAGCUCAUUUUCAAGAGGGAGAAGAAUGGAGGAAGACAUUUGGCCCUUUCUUUGUCUACCUUAAUUCAACUAACAAUGUAUCAAAUGCAUACAACUUGUGGGAGGAUGCUAAAAAGCAGAGGCUGCUUGAAGAGGCAGCAUGGCCUUAUGAAUUUGUCUCUUCCUCUUAUUAUCUUACUGCUAAAGGACUCGGUUCUGCUACUGGAAGAUUAUAUGUCCAAGACAGGUUUAUUUCUGGGUCUCUGAUUCCUGCUAAACGUGCAUAUGUUGGUCUAUUAGCAGCAAGAACUGCAGGAGCCUGGCAUACAGAAAGCAAGGAUUAUCAAUUAUGGGUGCAAACAGAUUCAAAUGGAUACUUUACCAUCAAGAAUGUUAUCCCUGGUGUCUAUGGUCUCCAUGGCUGGGUUCCAGGUUUCAUUGGAUCAGAAACACAACUGGGGAAUUUGACAUAUGUUCCCCGCAGAGAUGGUCCAACUGUAUGGGAGAUUGGCUUCCCUGAUCGCACAGCACUUGGCUACUAUGUUCCUGAUGUGAAUCCCGCAUUGUCAACAAACUGUUUGUCAAUAGUCCAGAGAAGUUCAGGCAAUAUGGCUUGUGGGACAGAUACCCGGAUAUGCAUCCUCUAUCAGAUCAAACGUUCACAAUCGGAAUCAACAAUCCAAAAAAGGAAUGGUUCUUUGCUCACGUAGACACAGGUUUGAUCAAUGCCCCACAAGCUGGGAUUUUUUUUCUGUCCUGUAAUCUUACAAUGAAUAUGUGUCAUCUUUCAUUCUGGUUUUUUGAAUUUUAAAUGAGCACUUUCUAAUGUUUUUAAACCUUGACAGAAGGUGGCAGAUAACAAAUAUCUUCCAUUAACAUGGACGAUUAAAUUUUAUCUUGAUUCAGUAACCAGUGGAACUUACAAGUUGAGAUUGGCCAUUGCAUCAGCAACCCGUUCUGAUCUUGAAGAUUGCAAAUGCAUAGUAUUCCUACAGCAUUGUUCAAAGCCUCUCUUGCUUUCUUAAUUCAUAAAUUUUCAAGUAUUUAUAUUGCUUUGCAGGUCUAUGUGAAUGGUAUGGAUUUAGAGCACAUGGUCUUCCAAGUGAUGAAUUUGGGGACAGAAUGCAGUUUGUCGACAUGGAAUUCAUGGCUUGUAUCAGCUAUUUAGCAUUGGUGUUUCCUCUUCCUUGUUGGUAAAGGGAGACAACUCCAUGUUUCUUACACAGGCUAGGAGUGGAGAUGCACUUUGUGGAAUUCUCUAUGAUUAUAUAAGGCUAGAAGCUCCAUUACCUUCCGGAAACUCUUGCGGAUCAGAAGAAGGAUUUGACCUGGAUGAAAAACUUAUCUGACAUUGGAUUAUAACCAACACAUCAAAAGAAAUUGCUUCUUCCAUGACAGAAUUGCAGAAGGUUAUUGUUAACUUAACAGAAAAUGUAUGAUCAUGGCUGCACCAAAUCAUAAAAAACAGUGAAAUAAUUCAAUUAAUUUUUUCCCA